CCCCGUUGUCUAUUAGGGUUAGGGUUUAUCGAUUGGUGGGGAGUAACUAGUCAACUGACCGACUGAACUUCGAUUCCACGGUUGCGAUGUCGACAGCGGCGGAGACAGAAAUUGAUAUUAAACAACCAGAACAGGUAGCUCGAGUAGUAACGAAGAGGAAGCCUGUUUUUGUGAAGGUCGGUGAUCUAAAACCUGGAACCAACGGCCACACACUCGCCGUCAAAGUCUUGUCUGCCACCACCGUCUUAGACAAGAAAUCACGCUAUACGUCGUCGUACACUAGUCGCCCCGGAGCUGCUCAUACUCGCAUCUCCGAGUGCCUUAUCGGCGAUGAAACCGGCACCGUUCUUUUCACUGCUCGUAACGAUCAAGUUGAUUUGAUGAAGCCUGAAACAACUGUAAUAAUACGUAAUGCAAAGAUUGACAUGUUCAAAGGCUCCAUGAGACUUGCUGUGGAUAAAUGGGGACGCAUUGAAGUUACAGAACCUGCAAGUUUCACUGUGAAAGAGGAUAACAACUUGUCUCUGAUCGAGUAUGAGUUGGUGAAUGUUGAAGAAUGAAUUGAAUUUAAUUAAUGGUAUGUGGUAUGAUUGUUCUUGUGACUUGUGGGUUUUUUGAUAUACAACUACAAAAGGUUUGGUUUAACCUUUUCGUGUUGA